AUGGAGUACCUUAUCCGCUUCGCUCAAACCCAUGAAACCUUCCGACAACCGGAACUUCAGGCACUGGCCAACUUACACAAUAUUGAACUUGAAAUCCUUCAUUAUGACCAGAUAUCUCCGUACUGCAUCGUCCGGCUUGCAAAUGAAGAAACUGCGCGUAUUCUCAUUUCUCGCAGCAUUCUAGCAAGGGACAUCUUCGAGCUCUGGGGCCACGGUACUACCUAUGAGGCCCUGCAUGCCGACGUCCGCAGGCGGACGCAGCACCUCUGGAAGCAAUACAAGCAAGCAUCCUUCAAAUUUAACGUGGAAAGCUUCGCCGGCAAGCGUAGCUCGGCCCAAAAGACAGAGAUCAUCCAGUCGUUCUCGUAUUUGGGCUUUGAGGGUCCCAUCUCAAUGAAAAAUGCUGAGGAAGACUUUUGGGUCAUGGAGCAGUACUACGAUCGCACGCAUAACCCUACCGCUGCUACUGGUAUGUCGCAGCAUCCACUGCCGUCCAAGCUGGAUUCGGCUCCUGUGAACAUUUACCUGGCGCGCAAGCUUGCGGAGAGUAGUCGUGAGGUAGUGAAUAAGUAUGAUUUAAAGAAGCGACGCUAUAUCAGUACCACAUCUAUGGAUGCGGAGCUGAGCCUGAUUACUGCCAAUAUGGCUAAUGCGGCGCCGGGAAAAUUAUUCUAUGAUCCCUUCGUCGGUACGGGCAGUUUCUGUGUUGCAGCGGCGCAUUUCGGAGCAAUCACGUUAGGCUCUGAUAUUGAUGGACGGAGCUUCCGUGGGAAGGAGAUGCAUAAGUGGAAGAUGACGGGAGUACAGUUGAACUUCCAGCAGUACGGUAUCAGCAGCAAAUUUGGCGAUUGUUUCACUUCAGACUUGACCAAUACGCCGUUAUUGGGCAAGCAGUUUCUAGAUGGGAUUGUCUGCGAUCCACCUUAUGGUGUUCGUGAGGGUCUACGGGUACUUGGAUCGAGGGAUACUAGCCGUCGUAAGGAGGAGCUCAUUAUCGACGGGGUUCCUGCGCAUCGUCGACCCGGCUACAUCCCGCCGAAGAAACCCUACGGCUUCGAAGCCAUGAUGAACGAUAUCCUCAUUUUUGCAGCACGUACUCUCGUCACCGGUGGGCGUUUAUGCAUGUGGAUGCCAACAUCCGGCGAGGAAGAAGCAGAACUCUCUGUCCCGAUGCAGGAAAAUCUCGAAGUUCUUAGCAUUUCCGUGCAGCCGUUCAACAACUGGUCACGACGUCUUAUCACAUACCGGAGACUCCCUGAGGGCGUAUUGUCCGACGUAUCAUCGGGGCGGCGGAAGGAUGAUGCCGCUGGUGUGUCGGCCGAUGAUCUGAAUGCUUUCAGGAGAAUUGUAUGUCCACUGUUUCCCACUCUUACUUCUCCAUUAGGGGCACGUCCUAACCUUUCGAAAGUACUUCAUGAAAAAUCCCAAAAGCUCAAGUCCGGCUUCCCAAUGACAUGCACUAUAUACAUAGCUUACUCAAUAAACACCCAAUAUCUGUAA